AUGCAACUCAUUGAACUGAUGAGGCAACUAGGAAAAGUCCACAACUACGAUGUGGAGAAGGAUCCUCAGAACGGAGGAGUCCUGCCCAUCCUUGAGCCGGCUGAGGAAAGUGACAUAAUUGAAAACAUUGCCAGCCUCGAGGACGGGUCAGCAUUCGCCAGUCACGUCAACUUCCUUAACUUUACCAAACACGAUCAGCCCAGACCCAUUUACAUCAACAUGGUGCGGGAUCCCGUCGAGCGGGUGAUCAGUUGGUAUUACUACAUUCGGGCGCCGUGGGUCUUUGUGCCGGGAAGGAGGCGCAAUAACCGGGAAAUGCCCAAUCCAAAGUGGGUCAACACCGAGUUCGAUCAGUGUGUCUUGAGUGGCGAAAAAGUGUGCACCUACAUCGAGAAUUCGUUGCUGGAGCACGUGGGCGAUCAUCGCCGUCAGACCUUGUUCUUUUGUGGCCAUAACGAGGCCAAAUGCACACCCUUCAAUGGCCGCUUGCCCCUGCAAAUAGCCAAAAUGAAUGUGGAACGGGAGUACUCCGUGGUGGGCACUUGGGAGCACACUAACGAGACCCUGGCCGUUCUCGAGGCCUAUGUCCCCCGGUAUUUUGCAGAUGCCUCUAAAAUGUACUACUUUACAGCGGGUCUGCACUCGGAUGUCCAGAAUUCUAAUCCCAUGAAGCCGCACAUUCCUCAGAAUAUAAUCGAUAUGGUUCGCCGGAACUUCACCCGUGAAAUCGAAUUCUAUCAAUUUUGUCGCCAACAUUUGCAUAAACAGUAUAUAGCCAUUAAGUUGAAUGAACUAAAGAAAGUGGACAAGUCGUUGGCCAUGAUGAAUGAGGCCAAUGAAAUGGCCAUUAGGGACUAGUUUAUUAAGUUAGAGAAAGUUAAUAAAUACAUUUUACAGAACCUUUAAUGGAUACUUCUAGGAUAUGUUUCUCUUAUUUCCUAUUAACCAAAACCAGGCUUAAGAUUUAAGACUCGAGAUAUAAAUGCUUUUAACUGGAAAAGUCUGAAACUAAAGGCUAAUAAACAUCGUCUUUACUACCUUCUUGACUUUCCCAAGUAUCUUCGAUUUAUUUUCGCAAAACUCUUCUAUCGCUUACACUUUUCAAAGGAUAUUGAGAAUCGGUUGCUUAUUAACAU